UCAGAAGGGAAGGAUCAUGGGAAAUCUGUCUCCGUAACUUCUGCAUUUUCAGUCAGUUUUAGAGUUUUUAUCAUGUCUCACACGGGUUCUGUUCUGUGUUUGAACCUGCUCCUGUUUCUCCAUGUUGUUGCUCACUUCAGGAAUAAUGCACAGCAGCAGUGGCCCGUUCCUUACAGACGGGUUGACAGUCGUCCCACUGCAGACUCUUUCUGUGAAGCUCUCUUCCCGUUCUGUCCCACCGGAGACGGGGAUGGACGGCUCCCCUCCAUGAGAGACAGCGACGUCAUCUCAGUUUACCGCAUGCAAACUCCUGUGUGGGAAUUCAAGUAUGGAGAUUUACUGGGGAAAUUGCAUAUCAUGCAUGAUGCCAUUGGGUUCAGCAGUUCAGAAACAGGCAGUAACUUCACCGUGGAGUGGUAUGAGCUGUUCCAGCUGGGGAACUGCACCUUCCCUCACAUCCGGCCCGAGGAGUACGCGCCUUUCUGGUGCAACCAGGGCGCCGCCUGCUUCUUCGAAGGCAUCGAGGACUUACACUGGUCCCAAAAUGGCACCUUGGAGAAAAUAGGAGAACUUACAGGGAACCAGUUCAACGACAUGACCCAGUGGGUGCAGGAUGACAACGAGACGGGGAUCUACUACGAGACGUGGACAGUCCGCUCCGACCCCAGCCCUAACGCCACCGUGUGGUUCGACUCCUACGACUGCUCGCAGUUUAUCCACCGCACGUACAGGAAACUCACGGAGCUGGGAGCCAAACUCUCCAGCAAAUCACAGACCAACUACACCAAGAUCUACCUCUUCAGCGGGGAGCCCACCUACCUCGGCAACGACAGCAGCAUUUUCGGACAGCCCGCUCUGAAGAACCUGGCAGCGGACAUCCGUACAUUUUACCACACAUUCAGACCCCAUCAGACGUUUCCAGACUUUGCCGUCAGUCUGGUGGAGGCGUAUGAGAAGGUCGUGUUAGAAAAGAGCUUCUACCUCUACUACAACUUUGAGUACUGGCAUCUGCCCAUGAAGCCUCCCUAUAUACAGAUCACCUAUGAAGAGGUGCCUCUGCCUUAAUAUACAACCUUUACGAGUGUUUUCAUGAAUGGUUGCAACAUUUUUUUUAUCGAAAGCCCAAGAUCUUAACGAAAAUCUGAUAAGCUGCAAAUCUUCAAGUCAAAUAGUUUUAUACCAGCAUUUACAUUUUUGCUUGAUUAUUGACACUUAUUAGAUUAUCAAGAGGUGUUGGGGUUUAAAGGAUCUUUUAUUUGUGUUAAAGCAUUUCCUUCUUUGUAAAACAUUUGCAACCCUUUUGGUUUUGUUCUAAAAAUUGUAAUUAUUUACAUCAAUGUUUUACCCCUUCUUCCAUGCCUUUGCUGGUGCACUGCUGCAUUUGAGCCUCUAAUUUUAAAGCACUGAUUGACUAUAAUUAUUUUUAGUGCUUGAUAGAAAAAACAUUUGUAUAUCUAGAACCAUCACAAACUCGAUCUUCUGAUGAAGGUCAUGCCAUAUGAUCAAAAGCUCCAGAAAAGCUACUAAAUAGACUGUAGGGAGAUAAUUUAGUUUUUUUUAACCAAAUGUAAUGAUAAAUACCAACACAAAAUACUAUUGGAGGUGAUUGAUUUUGUGGAGAACUGUCAUGUGUUAUAUUUUACCAGCCAUUUCACAGAUAAAAAAAAUAACCUAGUUAUCGUAUCAACAGUACAUAACCACAUCAGGUCCAGCCUUAGGUUGUUUUGCAUUCAGAUUUGUACAGAUUAAGAUAUAUGUACAGAGUUUUUAUUUUCAUUGUUCAUAUCUUUUCCUACUUUAUGUAUUGCCCAAUUUCUUGGAUGCUACUUGUGUGUUUUAUUUAACAAGUUGUAAAGACUGCAGUGUUUGAAGAUAAUAAAGACAGAUACAAAAAGUA